CCACCCGAUGCUGAUGGGGCGGAGGGAGAGACUGACCCUGAGCAUGAGCCUGUGCGGGAUGUGGGGGCCGAAGCGCCCCAAAAAGCCAAGGAGCUGGAACUGAUGGAAAAUAUCUUGACGAGCAAGCAGGACGAGAGCUGGGAGCAGCGGGGCCCCCGGGCCUCCUUCACCCGCCAGGAACGGAGCCGCCUGCUCUGGGAGGACGUCAGCGUCGUGGAAGAAGAUGCCACCAAAGUUACCGCCCUGAAGCUGAGGCUGGAUGAGUGCCAAAAAGUGCUGCUCAAGGAGCGGGAGGACAAGCUGGCACUCAGCAAGAGCAUUGAGAAGCUGGAGGGUGAGCUCAGCCAGUGGAAGAUCAAGUAUGAGGAGCUCAACAAGAACAAGCAGGAGGUGAUGAAGCAGCUCAACAUCCUGAAGGAGAUCCACCAGGACGAGCUGGGACGCAUCUCCGAGGACCUGGAGGAUGAGCUGGGUGCUCGCUCCAGCAUGGACAAAAAGCUGGCCGAGCUGCGUGCAGAGGCCGAGCUCUUUGAGAAGAACAAGGAGCUGGCCGACCUGAAGCACAUCCACAGCAAGCUGAAGAAGCAAUACCAGGAGAAGAUGGCUGAGCUGGCCCAUGCCAAUCGCCGCGUGGAGCAGCACGAGGGUGAGGUGAAGAAGCUGCGCUUGAGGGUGGAGGAGCUGAAGAAGGAGCUGGCUCAAGCUGAGGACGAGCUGGAUGAGGCCCACAAUCAGACACGGAAGCUGCAGCGGUCGCUGGAUGAGCAGACGGAGCAGAGCGAGAGCUUCCAGGUGCAGCUGGAGCAUCUGCAGUCCCGGCUGCGGCGGCAGCAGAGCACCCCACUUUUUGGCAAGAUGCGCAGUGCCCGCUUCAGCCCCGAUGACACUGGGGACGGCACCAGCGACCCUGACGAGGAUGAGGACCUGCAGAUCCAGGUGCCCUAG